AUGACACAACAGGAACCUGGAUUCGUCAGACAAGGCAUCAAGGACAGCUUCAUCCGUAGGUUCACCCAGCAGAGUCUGGGGGGCUACUUUGGACUGAAGAGUUACGCUAAAAAAACAAAGGACCGUGAGUUGGAGGGCAAACUCUCCAUGGUGGAGAAAUACAACAGCCGCAUCCCUGAGCUGGUGGAACGCAUCUACGGCUGCACAGAGAGACAGGCCCAACACGCAGAUUUUAUCCUGGGGACAGUCCAUAAGUCAAAGGGUCUGGAGUUUGACACGGUGGUGAUCACUGAUGACUUUGCUAAGGUCCCCUGUGCCGCCCACAACUUACCUAGACUUUCCAGCUGCUCAGGAGGUGACGUCCCAGACGAUGAGUGGAACCUGCUGUAUGUGGCGGUGACUCGGGCCAAGAGCUCUCUGGUCAUCACCAAGAACAUCACCAACAUCCUCACACUGGCUGGGGAGUACUUCCUGAGGACAGAGUUGACCAGCGCCCUGCUGACCGAGGGCCAGCCCCCAUGCUGCUCCGUGCGGGAGUGUCAUAACCACAUCACGCCCGUCUGGCCCCUCGCCAUGUGCAAGCUGCCACUCCAAUACAUAAGGCCCCACUUCCUCCUCCCUACCACCAUACCACAUUCUGAUUUGCAAUGUCUCUCAACCAGACCUGAUUGUUUCAGACAGGUGUGGGUGCAGGAGUUCUAAAAGAAUGUCCCAUAUUCCACCAACAGCUAACCAGUUAGACCUGUGAGCCAACUGUAAUAGCUAGUCAGUCGGUCAGAGUGCACAAAGAAACAUGUGUCAUCAGUUUGAGUACUUUGAGGUUAACAACAUAAACAUCAUCAUAAGUCAUGUCCAUUGUUUCCAUAAAGAUACAGUUGCCAAUACUCUAAUGGAAACGGUAAAAACAAGUAUUUGUGGUUAGUUUUGAAUGCAAUUUAAAGUGUAUUAGUGUUUGGAUGGAAUAAGAUGACUUCACACCCGCCAACAAACUGCCAUAUAAGGAAUAGGGUGCCUUUUGGAAUGAGGCAGGUGGCCGUGUUCGAGAGGAUCAAAACCGCAAUGUGUCAUGGGUAAAUUGACUGAGUAACAGAUCUAUACAUAAUAAUGAUUUGUUAUUUAUGAUGCAAGGGGAUUUGUAGAUCAGUCGCCUGCAGACGUUUUGAUGCUCUCGAACACAGUCUGUCUCUCCAUGCACA